AUGCAUCUCCUUCGGUGGACUGCAUUAGCGAGUGCAUUGGCCGUCGCCCCCACGGUGGCAGUUCCCUCCAGCUAUGAGACUCGGGAUACAUGCACAGGACCUACAUCUUCGUCUCCCAGUUCCUACUGGAUGCUGGACCAGGAUCACACCGGCUGGCCACGAGGAUAUGCCCCCCACGUUUCAAAUGCCAAUUACCCUGUCUGGCGCAACGUGAAAGACUAUUCGGCUUCUGCCGAUGGAUCGGGUGAUCAGACUAGCAGCAUCCAGAAUGCCAUCAAUGAUGAUGGAUCGGGUGGAAGUCGCGCGAGUAAGGGUGUGACCAGAUACCCUGCUGAAGUCUUCUUGCCCGGCGGUACCUACCAGUUGGGUAGCACCUUGAAUCUGCGUGUCGGCACUGUGAUAACUGGUGAUCCUCUGAACCCACCAGUCCUGAAAGCAGCUCCUGGCUUCAACGGUGGCACUUUGAUCAACGGAUUCGACAGCCAAAAUGGUCAGCCCGAGACCAGUUUCAUGACCCUCCUGCGAAAUGUGGUCAUUGAUACCACUGCUCUGAGUGCCGAUACAAAGAUCACUGCUUUGCAAUGGGGUGUUGCUCAGGGAUCUGGCUUGACCAACGUCAAGAUCAAGAUGCCUUCCAGCUCUACUGGACAUACCGGUAUCGAUAUCAGUGGUGGAUCAACGAUCGCGAUCACUGAUGUCGAUAUCACUGGAGGUGUUGUCGGUAUCAAAAACUCGAACCAACAGGUCAACUUCAAGAAUAUCUACUUCAGAUAUUGUACGACCGCUUUCAAGGCAGCAGGUGGGCACACCGCUCUUCUGCAAGGUGCGACAUUCGAUACUGUUGGAUAUGGAGUCGACAUGACCAGCAACGGUCUUGGAAGCUUGGUCUUGUUGGAUUCUAAAUCCACCAACUCAGGCACUGUGGUGAAAUUCCACGACUCCUCGAAUGACGGCGGCAAUCGCAACAGCCAACUGGUCAUUCAGAACCUUGCCCACGACACCAACAAUGCUAUUGCGGUAGACAGCAAUAACAAUGUGAAGCUCGCUGCCACCAGCCACGUUGAUACCUGGAUCUGGGGCAACCUGACUCCAGGUCAGUAUGUCGCAGGCCAGGACCUCACAACCACUCGGCCUGAUGUUCUUUUGUCUAAUGGCAAGUUCUUCACUCGUGCCCAGCCUACUUACGCUGAGUAUGCUGCGGACCAAGUUGUCAAUGUCAAGAACGUGGAUGGCCAUGAAGUCAAAGGUGACGGGUCCACGGAUGAUGUGGCAUCUCUCAAUGCCAUCCUAGCAGACAAUGCAGCCAACUGCAAGAUCUCCUAUUUCCCGUACGGUGUCUACAUUGUUAAGGACACCCUGAAGAUCCCAGUGGGAUCUCGUAUCGCUGGUGAAGCCUGGGCUGUGAUUUCUGGCGCGGGCGAUGCCUUCAAAGACUCCAAGAACCCCAAGCCCGUGGUCCAAGUCGGCCAAUCUGGUGAUGUCGGCACCAUUGAGAUCCAAGACAUGCGCUUCAGCGUUGCCGAGAUUCUCCCCGGCGCUAUUAUCUUGGAAGUGAAUGCCGCAGGUACAAACCCCGGCGAUGUGGCAAUGUGGAACACCAUUGUCACAGUCGGUGGCACUGCCGAAACCAGCGUCAAGGAUAACUGUGACAACCAGGACACAUCUCAAUGUAUGGCCGCGUUCAUGGUCAUGCACCUGACCAAGUCUUCCUCGGCCUAUAUCGAGAACUUCUGGGGCUGGACAGCCGACCACAACCUCGACGGCGGAUCUUCAAAGACCAUCAUCUCCACCGGUCGGGGUAUCCUCGUUGAAGCCACAAAGGGAACCUGGCUCACGGGCACAGGCUCCGAGCACCACUGGCUAUACAACUACAACUUCAAGUCCGCGCAAAACGUCUUUGCGGGCAUGUUACAGUCCGAAAGCCCCUAUAUGCAAGGUGAUGGAGCCACAAAGCUUGCGCCAGCACCAUGGACUGCUGAGGCCAGCUUUGGGGAUCCAGACUUCUCCUGGUGCGGUGGUGGUGACGGCAAGUGUCGCUCUGCACUGGCCACUAAUAUUGAUGGCGGCAAGGAUAUUUUCCUGUACAACAGUGCGGCUUGGGCAUUCUUCAACGGUCAAUGGAAUGGCGACUACGGAACUCAGUGCUCGGGAUCUUGUCAGACUAAUAUGAUGCGUGUCACCAACAGCCCGGAUAAUCUGGUCUGGUAUUCGGUCAAUACUCGGAAGACGGAUGUGAUGAUCUUGGACGGUGAGAGUAACCCGACUGAGUACAACCAUCCCGGUGGAUGGGAGGCCAUCAUUCAGGGAUACAGACAAUUUUCUUAG